AUGACGUUUGAAGAUUUUGAGAAUUACUCUUAUUUCUACGACCUGCCUGAGGAAGAGGAGUCCCCCCAGUCCUCUCUCAGCAUCGCCCAUAUGAUUUCCCUCUCCUUCUACAGCGUGGCAUUUCUGCUGGGAGUGCCAGGCAAUGCCAUUGUCAUCUGGUUCAUGGGCUUUAAGUGGGACAAAUCUGUUUCCACGCUCUGGUUCCUCAACCUGGCCAUCGCAGACUUCAUUUUUGUUCUGUUCCUGCCCCUCUACAUAACCUACGUGGCAAUGGGCUUCCACUGGCCUUUUGGGAAGUGGCUCUGCAAAAUGAACUCGUUCAUUGCCUUGCUCAACAUGUUUGCCAGUGUUUUCUUCCUGACCUUCAUCAGCCUCGACCGCUACAUCCGCCUCGUGCACCCCGUCUUCUCCUGCAAGCACCGCACCCUCAGGAACACCCUCAUCCUCAGUGGGAUCAUCUGGAUGGCAGCUGCCAUCAUUGGGGGGCCUGCCCUGUACUUCAGAGACACAGCUACAAUUCUCAACAAUGUCACCAUUUGCUACAACAACUUCCACAUGCAUGACAGGGAGCUGAUUUUGCUGACACAUCACAUCCUCAUUUGGGUGAGGCUCGCCUUCGGUUACCUCUUUCCUCUCAUCACCAUGGUCAUUUGCUACUCCUUGCUGAUUGUCAAAGUGAAGAGGAGAACUGUACUGACUUCCAGCAGGCUUUUCUGGACCAUCAUUGCUGUAGUUGUAGCUUUUUUUGUUUGCUGGACACCAUACCACAUAUUCAGCAUUGUGGAGCUGUCUGCUCACCAGAAUGACUACUUACAUGACUUACUGCAGGAUGGCAUUCCCCUUUCCACUGGCCUCGGUUUCAUCAACAGCUGCCUCAAUCCAAUCCUCUAUGUUCUCAUUAGCAAAAGGUUCCAGGCCCAGGUGAAGACAACAGUCUCUGAGGUGCUCAAAUUGGCGCUGUGGGAGGUGAGCCGCUCGGGCACCGUCAGCGAGCAGCUGUGGAGCUCAGACAGUGCCCACACGCCUGUGCACCACUGUGAGACUGCUCAGUGA